AUAUACAUACAUUCAUAUAAGUUUAAUUAAAAGCUGGCCUCUGGUUAAGGAGAUGUUCUGCUAAGAAGCAGCCCCUUCGGCAAGCAGUAGGUGUUAACUGCACAAGCUUAGAUGUUAUGAACAAAACAGAAUUAUUCCUUAAUUUGCAACAUCUCAAAUUGUAAAAUAUUUUUUUUAUAAACAAAAUCGGAGAAAAACAGCASACCAGACUCAACUAAUAGAUUGUAGUUUGAAGAACAAGAAUKAUCGUUCAGGUGUUUAUAGUCGGUCAUUUCCGGUAUAAGCGGAAGUACGUGCCUAAACUUUCAACGUAAAACUUCAAACGCCUCUGAAAGCUCAAAUAUGAUUGCAAAAUCUCUGUUUUUGUUAAUUGAACACAUUAUUUGGAACAAAGGAUGGGUACGAGAAUAAAAAUCCAUAGAAAAUAUGCACGAACAUUCUCAAGAGACAAAUUUGUUUUYCUCAUAAACUUGAACUUCUUUUGAGACUUUUAUUUUGAAAUGUCAAAACCGGACACAGUUUUUUUUUCACCAUUUCUGAUUUUCUUUCCUUCUCGGGUCGGCCUUUUUACUGUCAAACAGCUUGUUAUUUAACGUUAGCUCUGGUCAACCUACACCUGCGACAUUCAUCUUCAUCGUUUCAAGACGAGGAAGAUGUUGAAGUCGUGAAAAUAUAAAAUGGCGGCCGCUCGAGCGCGGUUUGUUUGAUCUGAGCCGGUUAUGUUGCUCCUCUCAGAGAAACCGCCUGAUUCAGGCUGAGGUUUCAGUUUGACAGGAGGGUUUUCAAAUGAAAAUGGAGGAAAUGCGUGUCUCAGGCCCAGACAACACCAAGCUGGAGACCUUGAUGCAGGACAUCUACUCGGAGCUGGUGGAAGACGCCUGUUUGGGCCUGUGCUUCGAGGUGCACCGCGCCGCCAAGCAGGGCUACUUCUUCUUGGACGAGACGGACCAGGAGAGCAUGAAGGAGUUCGAGAUCGUGGAUCAGCCCGGCGUGGAUGUCUUCGGGAAGGGGUUCAGCCAGUGGAAGAACAAAGAGUGCGAGUGUCCCAGCUGCAGGCGGCUGAUCGCGGCGUCCCGCUUCGCUCCGCAUCUGGAGAAAUGUCUGGGGAUGGGGCGCAACAGCAGCCGCAUCGCUAGCCGCAGGCUCGCCAGCAACAACAACACGAGCAAAUCCGAGAGCGAUCAGGAAGAUAACGACGAUGCUAACGACAACGACUGGUCAUACGGAGCGGAGAAGAAAGCCAAGAAGAGAAAGUCAGAAAAGAAUCAGAACUCUCCCAGAAGAUCCAAACCUCUGAAACAUAAAAACGGUGAGCUCGGGAGCAUCAGUUCAGAGACAUUCAAGUACAACUGCAACACGGGUAUCAAUUACGAAAGCUUGGGCCCCGAUGAAAUCCGGUCUGUGUUAACGACGCAAUGUGGGGUGAUCUCUGAGCACACCAAGAAGAUGUGUAACAGGUCUCAGCGAUGUCCCCAACACACGGACGAGCAGAGGAGGACCGUCAGGGUGUUCCUCCUGGGGCCGUCCGCGCCGGCGCUGCCCGACGUCGAGCCGGAGAGCAACAGCUUUGAAGCCGCUGACGGACCGAGCCUGAUGAGCCGGCUGCAGUGGGACGACUCGUCUGAUAUUUCCCCCGCUGACUCAGCAUCGUCUAAAGCCAGCACCAACCAUUCGGAUUCUCGGAGGCCCAAGAACAAGAAACCGGCUCUGGGUCUGAGCGGCGCCGCAGGAAGUGGAGGUCUGACUGAAGGCGGCGGCGGCGGCGGCUCUCAGAGUCAUUCAGGUUUACCGACCAAAAAGAAGAAGCCCAAAAUCUCAUCAGCUUUUAUUUCCAGCAUUUAUGAUGACUUGAAUUAACUGAAACCUUACAGAUCGAAGCAAAACACGACUUUAUUUUAUUCAGGUUUAAAACGUGAAAUAUUCAGAAGGAAAAUCCUGAGGAGUCUCAACAUUUCCUCUCUGCACUGAGAAAAUUUUGUAAAAAAAAAAAAAAAGGACUUGUGCAAUAAAUUUUAUAAGUUCCUCUUCAAAAAUGAGAUUAAAGUAGGAUUUAGUAGAAAUAAAUCUGGACAACGGGGUCCUCUGUAGUCGAGUUUAUGAGCCGUGAGACCAGAACGUUUUUCUUUUUCUUUUUAAAUAAUUCAAGCCUGUAAAUUCUCUGKAACCCUCAGGUCCUUUCUGAUUGGUCGCUGCUGCACUCUGAAGUUUUAUUUCUCAGAAAUCACAGAUUUGACUCACAUCAGUGGCUUUUUUAUUUAUUUUUUAAGUCCUGGCUCCUCGCUUCGCUGCAGUUUUUGUUACAUUCGACAUGCUUUUAUCCUCACAGAACCAUGCAGCUUCCAAAGUGACGCUUGUGUGAAGCUCUGUGUGCCAUUUCAGAUAUUUAACUCAGUUUGCAUGAGUGUGUAACUUUAUUUUUAUUGCUUUUACAGWUGUAAAUAUGGAGUAUUUUAUGAACCAGAAGGUCUGCAGGUCAUGUGCACAGACGAAAUAAUGACUUAAAGGGAAUCAUGGAUCCAGUAUAAUCAUUGUUCCUGAAUAACAAGCUUGUUUUUUAGUCCUCUGAUGACAUCAUCAAAGACUCAGGGCUGCCUGUUCCUCAGUAGUGGUUUGUUUGAACUUUGACAUAAUGAUGUGKGGAAAAAGACAUCUUUUAGUGGUAAAAACUGUACAUUUUCCACUUAGACUUCCUAUAAAUAUAAAUAAAAUAAGGUUAUAUAUAAAUAUGUGAUCUGCAGUAUCUAGAGGACAGCACAGGUUUUUAAUCAAGACUAUCUUGAUGUAUUUAGGACCAACUGUGGAAUAAGAACUGAUUGUUUUUGAUGUUUUAUGGCUUCUACAGCUGAAGCCUGUUUCAGUUUCCAGAACAAAACUCUCGUCCUCAUCAGUUUCUGGUCUUUUUGUGAACAAAACUGAAGUUUCUUUGUGGCUCGGAGUGAAUUCUGUGCAGUCGAAAACGAAAUCGUCGAGCACAGARGGGGCAAUUUGUAUCUGGAUGUUAUUUUUCUCCUGGCCGCCGUGCAUCGUGAUGUCAUGUUUGUAUUUAAAUAAAUGUUUGCAGAAGCC